AUUUUGGUACUACGUUUUCCGGGUUUGCGCUCAAGCAUGUCGAAGAUGAAGAGAGCGAAAUCUUUAUCAAUUGGCCCAAGUCAUCGAGGGCCACAGUUACAUCUCCAAAAGUGCCGACAGUGCUCCUCUAUGACGAAGAUUUGAAUGUCCGCCAAUGGGGUUAUGCUGCGACACUGCUCGACGAGUCAUAUGAUGAUGAGGAUGAAGCAUUGUUUGCGGAACAAUUCAAACUGCAUCUAUCCGAUGACGCUGACAUCAACAAACCAUUGCUGCCCCGUGGCGUCGAUCAUAUCAAGGCGAUCAACGACUAUUUAAGAGAAUUAACAAAGGUCAUUCGCGAUAGAAUCACAACGAAAUGGCAGGGCUCUGUCAAUUUUCCCGAAAAUGUCCGAACCGUAAUGACGGUACCAGUGGAAUGGUCGGAUGACGCUAUUACGGCAAUGCGUGAUGCCGCUCUCGAGGUUGGCCUGGUUACGCGAGCGUGCUUAGCUAAUUUGGAAUUUAUAAAUGAACCCGAGGCGGCUGCCCUUUAUUGCUUCGGCAGCUGUCCUGAAUACAAACUUAAGCCGGGAGACGCUUUUAUGACUGUCGACUGCGGCGGAGGCACAGUUGACUUGACGACGCGAUAUUUGAUCGAAGAUGGUGCGCUCGGCGAAGAAACUGAAAGCACUUGCGAGACUUGUGGCAGUACAUUUGUCGAUAAGGAAUUCCUUAAAUUUAUCGGGCAACGUUUAGGCAUCAAUAAACGGCAAAUGAACAAAUUACGUAGGGAUAAUUGCGUCGCUUUUCAACAACUAACUGAUACAUUCAUUAUACCUAUUAAGACUGACUUUACCGGGGAAGAAUCUGAUUUUCCUCGUGCACGUCGCCUGCGUCUUGAUUGUCCCAAAUAUCAUGUUUUUGUGGAAAAUACCAGUUUCGAAAAGAGACACUUAAUGACAAAAGCGGGGUGGAUAAUCGACAUAAAGUUUCACGACGUGAAGAGAAUGUUUGAUACAGUAGUUGACAAGAUACUCCGGCUCAUUCAUGAUCAGAUUCAUAAUUCCGGACGUAUGUGUUCGGCGUUAUUUUUAGUAGGAGGAUUUAGCGAGUCGGUUUAUCUUCAAAAAAGGAUAAAAGAAAAAUUCGUAAAGGACGUCAGAAAGAUUGUCGUCCCGCGAAAUCCAAUCUGCGCGGUCAUGCGAGGUGCACUACAAUACGGACUCGAAAUUGAAGAAGAUCCGACAAAAACCAAUUAUAGAUGUAACAAAAUCAUAAAAACACGUAAACUGAGGUACACAUACGGUACCGAAAUCUUGAACCCGAUAUUAUUUGCUUGUGGAAUUCCAGGGUUUUCAAGACUAGCCAAACGUGGUGACGAGGUGACCGUAGGAUCAACCUUUAAAGAAAUAUAUUAUCCCGUUUCACGGCGACAAAAGCAAAUGAGUAUGAAUUUGUAUUACACGCGAAGAUACAAUGUCCUAAGUCCUUUUGAAGAGGAUGUUUCCAUGUUGCAUGAAUGGAAGAUUAAUGUACCAAAAGUUGGAGAUGACGAAGACGUUCCUGGCAUCGAGAUGUCGUUAAAUUUCGGUCAACGCGAAGUGACCAUCAAAGCGAAUCAUUAUCUGACUGGAGAGAAGUGUGUCACUAGCAAACUACCUCGGAGAGAUUGUGUUAAAACUGAGUUGUAA